GUCUCGCGUCAAAAUUUUUAUUUGACCCAAGAACGGGAAUAAUUAAAUUUUUAGUAGACACUGCCCAAAUAGUUGAUUCUACACUUUCGAAAGCAAAGAUUGCUCUUUUAGAAUUUCUAUUUCUUUAUAUCCAAAAAGUAAGAUCCGAUAUUGAACCGUAUUCAAUCAAAAUUAAGGACGCGUGUUUCACACUUCAAAAUAAUGACGAGGCUGUUGUACGAGCUGCUUCUUUUAAACCAAUGGUUGCAAUGUUAGAUUCAACUGUACGAAUAAUUGAUCCUAAAAAAAUGCAUAUGGAAGAUAUACUUCAUCGGUAG